AUGGAAGAAUACGACUAUUCGGACAUUAAACCCUUGCCCAUUCAGACAGGCUUACAGGAUGAACUGUGCAGGAUCAUGUACACGGACGACUAUAAGAGGUUGAUGGGGCUCGCAAGGGCUCUGAUCAGCCUCAACGAACUGUCGCCGAGGGCACUGCAGCUAACAGCCCAAAUUAUCGAUGUGGCACCAGCUUUCUACACCAUAUGGAAUUACCGAUUCAAUAUCAUCAAGCACAUGAAUGCUGAAUCUGAGGACACUGUCUUGUACUUGAACAAGGAAUUAGACUGGCUAGACGAAGUUACGUUGAAUAACCCGAAGAAUUAUCAGAUUUGGUCCUAUCGACAAUCUCUUUUGAAGUUACAUCCCUCUCCUUCCUUUAAAAGAGAGCUGCCUAUCUUGAAAUUGAUGAUUGAUGAUGAUUCCAAGAAUUACCACGUUUGGUCAUACAGAAAGUGGUGUUGUCUGUUCUUCAGCGACUUCCAACAUGAGCUCUCCUACACUAGCGAUCUCAUCAGGUUAGAUAUUUAUAAUAAUAGCGCAUGGACUCAUAGGAUGUUUUACUGGGUAAACGCGAGAGAUGUGACUUCAGAGGUAGAAUUGGCGGACGAGCUUCAGUUCAUUAUGGACAAGAUUCAAUUGGUUCCGCAAAACAUCAGUCCUUGGACCUACCUUCGUGGUUUCCAAAAGUUCUUUCAUGAUAGGCUUCAAUGGGACAGCAAAGUCGUCCAGUUCGCCACAACCUUCAUUGGCGGCGUAUUGUCACUGCCAAUUGGCUCACCACAGGAUUUGCCCGAGAUUGAGUCCUCAUAUGCCCUAGAAUUCCUGGCAUAUCACUGGGGUGCAGACCCAUGUACCAGAGACGACGCUGUUAAGGCCUAUAGCUUGCUAGCAAUCAAAUACGAUCCUAUUAGAAAAAACUUGUGGCACCAUAAAAUAAAUAAUCUAAACUGA